GCUACUACUAUACCGUGAAGUUCAUUGGGUGUUUUAACAUCGAGUGUCCUAACUUAACUUCAACCUGCCGUAUAUAUGAAAUCGAUAAGAAAAAUUAGGGUCACCUCACGACCGAAGCUCUAUUCGCCUCGCUGUUCACGAGCGCAUCUGUCCAGCCUAAGCUAGGGCACUUACGUUACUCAUACUACCCAAUGUCUGAAAAGGAAUGCAUCUCACUCGUGCCUCUGCAUUCCAGUGAAAACUCCUCAUCUCGUACGAACUACUUUCGAAAAAACCUUGGCUCGCUCGUUGCCACACCCCCCUUGUUCAACCAGUCUCAAUUUGACAUUGUUCUCCGGCGACAGUAUUCUCGUCAAGAAGGAAAGCCAAAAUUUACGGCUGUUCCCUCGAGAUUUUUGAAUCUCACCAAUGAUUUCGAGUUUGCUGGCUGGGGUUCUAUCUCUCAUCUCACCCUCGUACCAGAAGAUAUACAUCAGGCUGACGUUGAACUGACCUCAUUCCGAGAACAGCAGGUUCUUGGGCAAUUUACAGCCAGCGCGCUUGCGGCCAAUGACAUACUUGGCGGUGUAUUUUACACUCUCCCAAGCGUCGUCGCUCUCGCGGGUGUCUAUUCUCCUAUUUCGCUAUUUGUGGCAGCUUUAACUUUAUUUCUUUGGCGUCCCGUCAUGGAAGAAAUGGCUUCUGCUCUUCCCAUUAGUGGCGCUCCCUACACCUACCUGCUCAAUGUAUCUACAAAAUCUGUAGCUCUUUUUGGGGCGGCGCUCCUUCUCUUGGAUUUUUCAGCCACAGCAGUAGUUUCAGCUGCAACUGCGACAUCAUAUCUUGCAGGCGAAGUCUCGCUACCAUUUCCAGUCUAUGUCGGUGCUGCCUUUGUUUUCGUGUUAUUUACUGUCGUCAGCCUUUCGGGCUUGAGAGAAAGUGCUCGCGUAGCAACUGGUGUGCUGGUAAUGCACGUUGUGGUAAUGAUCAUGCUUAUCGUAGCUUCUGUCAUUGCUUGGGGCAGAGGUGGGAUGGGUCAGUUCAGAUCCAACUGGUCGUUGGGGCACGUCGGAUUGUCUCCAGCAGCUAUAGCCCGACAGGCGUUCAAUGGCGUAUGUAUAGGGAUGCUAGGGUUGACUGGAUUUGAAUGCGCACCCUCAUAUACGUCAAAAAUGAAGCAGAACUGUUAUCCCAAGGUUCUGCGCAACCUGCAUUUAUCUGCACUUGUCCUCACUAGCGGGGUGAUGCUCCUUGUUAUGGCAUUAUUGCCUCUCGACGUGGUCGAGAGUGGCAACAAUAUCCUUAGUUUGUUGGCUCAAAAGGUUGCAGGACGGUGGUUACGAAUAAUGGUCGUAGUUGACGCUGUUGUUGUACUUUGUGCGGGUGUGCUUACAGGAAUCUUGAGCGCUUGCGAGCUCCUUGUCAAGCUAUCAUGUGAUCUCAUUCUUCCUCGCGUAUUUCUUGCUACGGUUCCAGCGACAGGCGCCCCUUAUGUCGCAGUUAUUUCCUUCAUUGCAUUCAGUGCAUUGAUAUAUGCAAGCACGGGCGCAAACCUGAUUGUGAUAUCCCAGAUGUUUGCGAUGGUGUGGUUGGCUGUUAUGGCGCUCUUCCCAGUCUCCCUCUUACUCCUCCGUUUCUCACGACCUCGACUUCCGCGUGCAUCCCAAUGUUCGCUGUUUGUCGUCGCUGGUGCUAUCAGUGUCACUGUGACCGUAGCGGCAGGCAACGUGGCCAUAGAUCCUACCAUAGCAGGAUGGUUUGCUCUGUACCUCAUCAUCCUUCUCGUCUUGUUCUACACGUCGCAAAAUAAGGUGACUAUAUUGCGAUGGGUAUACUGGGCAUAUGACCAGCUUCCCUGGCUACAUAGGCGGCAGUUUACCAAGGGAUGGGGUGACGGUUUGAUCCGGCAUAUGAGAAAACUGCGUAGGCAGGAGGUUUGUUUGCUUGUUAAAACCGAUGAGAUCAACAACUUGUUCAACAUGAUCCUUUACGUCCGGCGUAACGAAGAAACAUCACAUUUGAAGAUAGUGCACUUUCAUAGCGGAGACAUACCUUCGGAGAUGGAGGCCAAUGCGAGAAUUCUGGACGAAGCAUUUCCUGAGAUUACUGUUGAUCUGAUGUUUGUCGAGGGUCAAUUUGAUCCAAAAAAUCUGGCUGCCCUAGCGCACCAUUUGAAGAUUCCACGGUCCCUCAUGUUCAUGAGUAGCCCAGGUCCAAAUUUUCGGUAUUCCGUGGCAGAGCUUGGAACGCGCAUUAUUUCGAUCUAGCAUCAUACAGAUCGCAUUAACAUGAAACUCGGUGUUGCGAUAGGACGCCGUCCUUGGAUAACAAGCACUUUUUUUGAUACUUGUAAAUCGUCUGCUGUACAGUAGGGGUAGUUGUCUUUGAUAUGGACAACAGUAUGGAUAUAUUUGUGAACAGUGUAUAGAGAUAUAUUGACAAGUCAUUUAUGAUAUCUGUGGAGCUUGUUAUGAUGGUUGCGACUCGUUAAGGUGAGUCACAUGUUAUCGACGUACCCGCAAAUUACGGUCGGGGCCAAAAAGCUGAAUACCGCUUUGAAGUUUGCACAACAUAGUUGUAACCAAUAGGUUCUCGGCUGUCAUCAAACACAAAUGGGGAAAUUGAAUAUUGGGUAUUGAGGGGGG